AUUAUCUUCCCGCGAAACACAAGUCUUUCCUUCUCUCUCUCUCUCUCUCUCUGUGCGUUAAUGGCGUCCAUUUCAGCCAUCGGACCGCUGCCAAAGUCCGCGCCGCCAUCUCCAAGACCUUCCGCGACGAGACGAAACGGACCCGCGAGGUCUCAUUCUCCACGGCAAGCGCGGACGAAUCUCCAUCCUCGGCUGUCUCUGUCCUCUGGUUCCGAGCCAUACUGCAGUGGAAGAGCGCGCGAGUUUCGGCGGCGGGAGGUUCUGGUUCCAUCGACCGCGGGGACGCUAAUUGGCGUCUUGUGGAGCGUUUGUGGCGAUCGAGUCGCUCUCGCUUCCGAAUUCGCCGACAUGCCGGCACUUAGAGGGAAGGAUUAUGGCAAGACAAAAAUGCGAUAUCCAGACUACACAGAAACAGAUUCAGGUCUUCAGUACAAGGACUUGAGAGUUGGAGAUGGUCCCACCCCCAAAGCGGGGGAGAUUGUAGUGGUUGACUGGGAUGGUUAUACUAUUGGAUACUAUGGCCGCAUAUUUGAAGCUCGUAACAAGACAAAAGGCGGUUCCUUUGAGGGAAAUGAUAAGGACUUCUUCAAAUUCAAGAUAGGAUCUCAAGAGGUAAUACCAGCAUUUGAAGAAGCUGUUGCUGGCAUGGCCCUUGGGGGUGUUAGAAGGAUCAUAGUGCCGCCAGAACUGGGAUAUCCAGAGAAUGACUUCAACAAAAGCGGCCCAAAGCCCACUACCUUUUCGGGUCAGCGAGCUCUGGACUUUGUCCUGAGAAACCAAGGGCUGAUAGACAAGACACUUCUUUUUGAUAUUGAGCUUCUUAAAAUCAUCCAGAGCUGAUCAACUGAAACAUGUCUUCAGUUGACGCAUGAGGCAACAGGAAGCAACAAGUGAUGGAGAGGGCAUUUUCCUAUGGCCUAGAGUGCAUUAUCUAGUUCAGCGCCCGCCCAACAAUAUUGAAGUCAUCUCUAUCAAGCGAAGGGAAAUUGAGGAAGUCACCUAAUCAAUUUUUUUUUUAUCAAUCUUGGAGAGGCUCUUUUGUUCUGUAAGGUGCAUUGUAGAAAGUAUGAAUUCCUUAUCUAUCUGCCCAAAUUAGCUGCUAUGUAUCCUGUCUCUAUUUUCCGGUAGCUAAGUGCGACUGCUUAGCUAAGUUCUAUUAUGUUACAGAGAA